AUGCCCAGUGCUCGGGGCCCUCGUCAGGACGCUCUGGACGAGCCCCAGGCGGGGUGCGGCCCGGUCCCCGGGGCGCGGGCCCGCGGAGGUGGCCUGCUGGCCUCGUUGCAGGAGCCGCGGGCUGAAUCAGGCCUCUGGCCCCCUGGCCUUCCCUCGCCGGCUUUUGUGGCGCUCACAGAGGUGGCCCUGCUCACAGAGGUGGCCCUGCUCACAGGCCUCCAGGCCCUUAUUAGCUUUCACCCGGAGUGUUCUUGUUGGAGCCGGCCGGAGGCGCCCCCUGGCAGAGCUGGGUGCCGGGACUACCAGGGUGGUGCGCUCGUGGGUGACCUGUGUGAAGACCUGUGUGUGGCCGGCGACCUGGUGUACCAGCGCUGCCUGUACUAUGAGCGGGGCAAGAAGGUCCUGCAGGCGGACUGGCGGGGCCGGCCCGUCAUCCUCAAGUCCAAGAAGGAGGCCUUCUCCAGCUUCCAGCCCCUAGGCCUGCUGGAGGAGGCGGCGGCCGACGGGGACCAGGGCUUCCUGGAGGCCGAGCUGCUGUUGCUUGUGGCCGGCGAGGUCAAGAGCGCCCUGGGCCUGGAGCUGGCCAAUGGCAGCCUGGGACGGCUGUGGCCGGGCCGCCGGGGCCCGGGCUGGCGUGGGCAGGUGGCCAGCCUGUGGGCGCUGCUGCAGCAGGAGGAGUUCAUCUACCUGAGCUUGCUGCGCGGCCUGAGCCGCCACGUGCUGCCCGUGCUGGGCUCCUGCGGCCAUUUCUAUGCCGUGGAGCUGCUGGCGGCUGGCAGUGCGCACCUGCAGGCACUCUUCCCGCUGGGCCCGGCGGCUGGGGUCCACGGUGGCUGGGCCUCGGCUGUGGGCAGCAUCGCGCUCAGCUUCCUGGACAUGGUGCACCACUUUGAGCACGACUUUGCGCACCGCCUGCACCUCUGCGACGUGAAGCCUGAGAACUUUGCCAUCCGGAGUGACUUCACGGUGGUGGCGAUUGAUGUGGACAUGGCCUUUUUUGAACCUAAAAUGAGGGAAAUUCUUGAGCAAAACUGCACAGGAGACGAAGACUGCAGUUUCUUUGACUGUUUUUCAAAAUGUGAUUUGCAAGCCAACAGGUGUGGAGCUCAGCGCAUCAACAGCAACCUUCAGGUCAUCUGUGACAAGAUCUUCCGCCACUGGUUCUCCUCACCGGUCCAGGGCUCGGGGCUCUCCUUCCAGCUGCAGCAGCAGUUACAGGAAGUGGUGCGGGAGUGUGCUGACCCCGGAGGCCCUGCAGCCCCUCACAGAGCAGCUCCUAGCAUCUUCUGGGAGCUCCAGAGCCUGUUGCAGGCUGCGCUACAGGAACUGCAGGUGGCUGAGCCGCAGCCGGAUCCUGGCCUUCUGAAGCUCAGAGCCACGUCGUGA